AAGACAUUUUCAUAAAUACAACUUUCCGAAAAUCCCCACAUCCUCGUUUAAAAAUGAAAAUGAAGUGGCGGCCGACGUCUCCGUCGAAGAGAUUGCUGCACGUGAAGGUGAAGCCAUUGAAACUUGAAGGAAUAACCAGAAACGAGGAGGAAGGAGGAGGAGGAGACGAUGAUACCAAAAUCGUGGUUCUUGAAACGGUUUGGAAAGGACCCAAACGCAGAUUGGCUUCGUUUUACAUAUCGUCGUCUUCGAGGCACAAGAGGAACCGCAGCAGCGAGAGAGUUUUUGGGAAUCGGAAACCGAUCGAAUGGGACGAUGACGAAUUCGAAAACGUGUGCGAUUUCUCCGUCGCUUCCAAUGAUUCUUGGGAUGUUUUGUUCAAUGUAUUGCACGGAAAGAAUUGUGAAGCAAAGAGUAAAUUGGCGUUGGUCGGGAAGGUUUCUCUGGAUUUGGCAAAGCUGGUUCCGGUGACGGAGUGUUCGGACGUUAAACGGAAGCUUCCGGUUGCGGUAAACGUUGACGGCGUCGUCGUCGAAGCUUCUCUAUUCAUUUUAGUGAGUUUUGCCGAGGUCAGAGGUUCUACAGACAAAACAGGAGGUGCCCAAAACUCAGCCGAGUCAAUCAAGGAAGAUGGAUUCUUCAAAAUAGUGAAGAGUUUAACCCGGCAGAAGGAGAAAAAGGAUAGCUGUCACUUGAAUUCCUGUGACUCGGACGAGUCACUGGUAUUCAACUCAGAUGGUUUGCAUGGGAAUGACUCUACUACCACGAGUGAAAGUAACAGCGGCGAGCUGAGUUUAGGACAUGAGUUAGAAUCGUUCCGAAGUUUGGAAACUCAGUUGGAACCAACCCAGAACAACAUGGUAAGACUCUUCUCAUGGAAGAAAAGACGGUUAAGUUUUAGAUUGUUGAAGAAGAAAACACAGCCGUUGAUUCAAACCGGAGAAAAUUGCUGGGAAGGGAAGCGAUUACUCAGCAGAGACGGACGAGCAACGCUAAAAGCCGAAGUGUUCUUUGCAUCGUUCGACCAACGAAGCGAAAGAGCCGCCGGAGAGAGUGCCUGCACGGCACUAGUUUCCGUCAUUGCCCACCGACUCAAUUCAAACCAAGCCUCCAUGCCAACGAGGCUCGAAUUCGAUAACCUCAUAACAGAAGGUUCAUCACAAUGGCGUAAGCUCUGCUCCAACAUAGCUUACACCAAUGCCUUCCCCGACAAGCAUUUCGAUCUCGAGACCGUUCUAAAAGCCGAUCACAAGCCUGUCACCGUUUCACAAGACAAAUCAUUUACAGGGUUCUUCAGCCCCGAGAGAUUCGAGUGCUUGAAAGGCGCAAUGUCUUUCGAUGAGAUAUGGAACGAAAUCAGCAACAACCGUGAUCAGCCGAGGGUGUACAUUAUCAGUUGGAACGAUCAUUUCUUCGUGUUAAAAGUAGAAUCGAAGGCGUGUUACAUAAUCGAUACGUUGGGUGAGCGGCUAUUCGAGGGUUGUAAGCAAGCGUACAUGUUGAAGUUUGAUGAUUUGAGUUUGAUGUAUGGGAAGAAGGUGGGGGGAAGUGAAGAAGAUGGGAUGGUGAUAUGCAGUGGGAAAGAAUGUUGCAGGGAAUAUAUAAAAAGAUUUCUAGCGGCCAUAACAGUUGAGGAGCUUGAGGAAGAAGAAAAAAAGGGCAGAGUUUCAUCGUUUUCUCUCACCGACGACUGCAAAUCGAUUUCAUUAUACUUCUUCUACUUCAAUGGCAACGAGUUGACGAGUGUUUUUGACUCAGGGUUGAUACAUUGUACAGUGUUUAGGUUUUAGCACUGUGAUUAAUUUUCUA